AUGGCCUACUCUGGUGGCUCUAUGGUCUAUAGUGGACUGCUGGAUGAGGGAACUGACAUGGUGACGCUGGUGGAUGCUCUGGUGGAGGCUCAGCUCCUGAUUCCAGUGCUUGAACAAGGCAAGGACACAAAGGUGCUGUAUCCUUCCAUCCACUCUUGGAAUGAUUACUUCAAGUUGGUGGACGUCUGCUGUGGUAUUGGGGGAGUUGCGCAUGGAGCUCUGGAUGUGGGUGUUCGAACAACUGCCUCGGCAGUUUGCAAAGCAAAGAUGCUGGAGCUUCAUGAGGCUCACUCUGGUACUCACGGUAUCCUUGGGAAUGUGGGUGACCCUUCCAGCUGGUGCGGCUGUCCCCAGCCGAACGUUGAGGUUCUGCCCACCGCUGUCUGCCAUGGUAAGUUGAUGGACAUCAGCAGGAUCGAUGCUGGUGGUCCAAUGACUGUGGUGUCUAAGGUUGAGGUGUUUGACUGCAGACAUGAACGCCAUCUCCUCUGCAUGGUGCACAAUGGAGCGUGUAUGGUGUUUCGCCGUUUGCUGGAUGGAGGCUCAGAAGUGGUGAAGCUGCUGGAUGCCGCGGUGGUGACCCAGUACCUGCUCGCGGCUCUGACCACUGGACCUGACACCAUGGUUUUGCAUCAACUCACCCCUUCUUGGAACGACUACGUCAAGCUCCCUGAUGUUUGCUGUGGCCUGGAUGUUGCUCCUUCAGAUCAGUGGCGCCAUGGCAAUGGUUCGGAUGGCCUUCUUGCUGCCAGUAGCUAUGUUGUGCUCUCCACUCAAUGCCGACAGAAUGGAUUGCCAUCUGAAGAGCUUGGUCUCAAUGGACAUGGUGGGCUGGGGACUUCCUUACACGUUUGUGGAAGGGGUCAAGCAAUGGCUAUGGUGAUUGAGCAAAUUCGGUUGCCCAUGGCGAUGUACACUAUUUUGGGGUUUAGUGCUGCACUGACGCAAUGCCAUGUCGUGGUGGCUGGCAAAGUUCGGCUCCUGACGCACUUGCUUUUUCUCAGUGUCAGUAGGAUUCGGGUCGCGUGUCACCCUGGUCGUGACAGGGGUGGUUCCAAGUUUGUGGCUGCCAUCCUGGCGGGGUUGUGUUGCCUAGCAACUUUUGUGAUUGACCACGUUACAGGUGCUUGUCUUUGGGCCCUGUGUGUAAUGCGCAGAUGGCUCUUGUUGUUUUCUCUUGUGCCCUUCCGACAGCUUUCGCUGCCCUGGGAUGGGCUGCUUGUUUCGGUGCCUGUGACGGUGCAGUCGCAACCUAAGCAAUCGGCCGAAGAACCGUGGUAUGCCACGGUGGUGCUGAAAGGCUCCGCCACCCAGGGCGAACGCCUGGAAGGGGCGGCCUUGGGGCAGUCCGCGCAGGCGGCACGCGAAGCAGCCGUGCAGGUGCUCCUGGAUCGGAUGCCAAGGAGCACAGUCCUUGCCCCGGCUUCUGUGGUUCUUUCGAGGACCUCCGGCAUUUCCAAGAAAGCCCGCUUCGCGCGUCCCUUUACGCGUCCCUGGACUCGGCCCUUUGCUCCGGGCAAAUGGCGGCAAGGCGCUCCAAUCGGGCAAGCUCCGAGAGAAGCUCCUCGUCUCACUGAAGCUCCGAGAGAGGCGAGCAGCGGCCACAACGGCCACAGCGGCCGCACCCCGCCACCGCCACCGAAGCCCAAACGCAUGCAGCCGCGGAUGGUGUCCUGA